AUGGUUCCCGGUAUAUUAGGAAUCUAUACAGACAGCAACUCAGGUCACGGUAAGCCGAGCACUGGUCUCAUGGACCACUCCGAGAAUCAUGCCGCCUCGGCCGACCAGGACGACUUAUCCAGGUUCCCGGACCUCUCGAAGACCUCUAGUCGUGAUUCAUCCGAUACCGCCGACGAUUUAGACUCCUUAGAACUCAACCGCAUCAACACAUAUCGACUUCAACAGAAAACAACGGUUGGAUCUACUCGUGGCCCUCUCCCGCGGGAUCAAUGGCUCCCCAUGGGGGCCGGAAAAGAGUAUCCGCCAUUACUGCCAUCGCCAGAGACGUACGUGGUGGAAUUCGAUGGAUCGGAUGACCCGUUGCAUCCUUCUAACUGGUCUAUGUUGAGAAGGACGGCCCUCGUGUGCAUUUUGUGUUACGGUACUUUUGUUGGAUCCUUUGCCAGCGCAGUCUUUUCAGCCGCCAUCGGCGCAGUCAGUGAGGAGUUCCAUGUAAGCUCAGAAGUAGCAUCUCUCGGCGUUACUCUGUAUGUGCUUGGAUUUGCUGCAGGGCCAACUAUGUGGGCUCCUGCUUCCGAACUUAUUGGACGGCGCUGGCCUCUGUCCACUGGUCUUUUCGGAUGCGGAAUCUUCACUAUUGCUUGUGCCACCGCAAAGGAUCUGCAGACGCUUAUGCUGUGUCGCUUCUUUGCUGGCUUCUUCGCGGCCAGUCCGAUUUCCAUUGUACCCGCGGUAUUUGCGGACUUGUUCAACAAUGCGCAGCGUGGAGUAGUCAUGUCGAUCUUUUGCAUGGCGGUGUUUAUCGGUCCUUUCGCGGCCCCUUUCACCGGUGGGUUCAUUGCUAUGAGCUCCCUUGGAUGGCGAUGGACUAUGUAUAUCUCUGCCAUUAUGAUCUUCUCAGGAUUUAUCCUUGUUCUUUUCUUUCUGGAUGAAACCUAUGCCCCGGUGAUUCUGGUACGAAAGGCAGCAGUCCUUCGACGUCAAACGCAUAACUGGGGAAUUCACGCCAGACAGGAUGAAGUUGAAGUGGACUUCAAGGAACUUCUACGCAAUAAUUUUACCCGACCCAUAUCGAUGCUGUUUUCCGAACCCAUCCUCCUCCUCAUCUCUCUUUAUAUCUCCUUUAUCUACGGUCUCAUGUAUGCCCUGCUGGGCGCUUACCCGGUUGUCUUCCAGGGGGUAUAUGGCAUGAACAUGGGCGUUGGAGGCCUCGCAUUCGUGGGUCUGAUUCUGGGAGAGUUACUCGGGGGUGUCUAUAUUCUUUGUCUGCAGGGUCCGUAUGCCCGGAAACUGGCUGCAAAUGGGGACAGACCGAUCCCGGAAUGGCGACUCCCCCCUGCUAUUGUAGGCGCGGUCGCAUUUACAGGAGGGAUGUUCUGGUUCGGUUGGACCGGUUAUACAGCAUCAAUUCACUGGAUGGCCCCGGUUUCAUCUGGCGUUCUGACUGGGUUUGGCAUCUUCUGUAUCUUUUUGCAGUGCUUUAAUUAUAUCAUCGACUGCUAUCCUGCAUUGGCUGCAUCCACCAUUGCCGCAAACACUAUCCUGCGAUCCGCGGUGGGAUGUGCAUUUCCGCUGUUCUCGCGCCAGAUGAUGGAAAACCUCGGCGUACAAUGGGCAGGCACCAUGCUUGGAUGCAUUGCGGCCAUUAUGAUUCCCAUUCCGGUUGUGUUCAAGAUGUAUGGACCUUGGCUGCGGAGGAAGAGCAAGCUGGCUUGGUCACCUGUUUAUGAUGUUGAGAAAAAGGGUUACGACGUUUGA